UGUUCAUCCCUCAAAAAAAAAGUGUUCUUCUUCCUUUAGAUAAGACCAAAUCCCUUCUCAAAAUCAAAAAAAGAGAGCAAAAGGACAAAUCUCUCGGCGGCGGAGGCGGUUUGAUCUCAUCGGCGGCGAUCUACUCCUUCCUUCACCACCCGGCCUCUCCCUUUCUCUCUCCAGUUACAGGAGCGGUCGAUCCAUCUGUGGCCAUGUCGUCGGCCAACGCAACCUCUUGUGUUUAUGGAGAAAUUUGGAUUGACGGCUUUGCCAGACUGCACAAAGGGGGUGAUUUCACUUCUAGCCCAUCAUCAAAUACUCUCCAGGAGUUCGGUGAUGUUUGGCUUGCUGCCGCCCAGCGCCAGCUCAGCCUCAGGCCCAAGUCGCCGUCCCCUGAGGAGCUGACGAAACGCAGACAGGAGCGUAAGCGCAAGGGCUUGGUCAUAGCGCUCAACACAUAUGCCAAGCGAAACAACAUGCAGCUCACUGAUUUAGAAUUCGUGGAAGAGAAAGAGAGGAACCAAGUCUAUGGACGCGGAGCACUAUAUGUGCACUCCAACUUUCUGGUGAAAGGUUCAGAUGGCAAACCUACUAUGUUCUUUGCUGAGAUGCAUCCUGACUGCACACAGGAAGAGGAUGUUGUCUGCUGCACUCCUUUGGAAGAAAAUGACUAUGGUCAUUGUGUCGAGUGUGACGAUCGAGCAAACGAGCUUAGGCAUCCCUCGGGUGGUGGCUACUUGGGUGGACAUGAUGAGAUGAUUUUUCACUUUGAGGAGCUGGACAGUGAUGAUGACUGUUUUAUGUGAAAGGUAUCUAUAUAUCCAACACAGAACCACAAACUAAUCAGUUUGGUCUUGGAUGUGGAUUUGUGGCUCUCGGGGUGCCACACACCCCUAUACAAAUAUAGUAUCAAAAAAUACUAGGAAAUUUAAAAAUAUUCUGGGAUUUGGGGAUAUCAAAAUGGGUGUCGUUCUACUCCACGGGCAUCCAUUCCUCACGAAACUAAACGAGGGGGUAGAAUGGGCAACCAUGUUCGAUAUCCCCAAAUCCCAGAUUUUUUUGAAAUUUCCUGGUAUUUUUUUAAUACUAUAUUCAUAUAGGGUUUUGUGGCAAGAGGUGAUGCAUGUUGUUGGAUUAACCAUCACAUGAUUAAUUAAGGGAAUCUUCCCUUAUCCAAACUGCCACACCGUUGCAUCCCGCAACCUACGAAAGGCAGCAACUGCCUCAUGAUGGUUC